CGGAGGCGGGCGCGGGGGCGGGGUAAAAGCGGCGGCAGGUGAACGGGGAGGGACCUUAAAGCUGCGGGCCGGGAGCCUGGGGCCGGCCGCUCCGCUACCACCGCACCGCUGAGCUCGGGUGCUGGCCCCGAAGGGGUCCCGGCAGCGCUGAGGCAGCGAGCACGUUAUGUGAAGUGCCCGAGCAGCUACGGCACCGAGCGAAAUAAAGGCUUCCGCAAUCGCAGGUAAUUCGCGGCACACCUACGGAUGUUCGGAGAGCUGCGCUGAGGUCAUACCUAUAAAACAAGACAAUGGAUUGGGGAGCUCUGCAGACCAUCUUAGGAGGUGUGAAUAAACACUCCACCAGCAUUGGGAAGAUAUGGCUCACAGUCCUGUUCAUCUUCCGUAUCAUGAUCCUGGUUGUGGCUGCAGAGAGAGUCUGGGGAGAUGAACAAGAUGACUUUAUCUGCAACACUCUGCAACCUGGUUGCAAAAAUGUUUGCUAUGAUCACUUUUUCCCCAUCUCUCACAUCAGACUCUGGGCCCUGCAGCUGAUCUUCGUUUCCACCCCUGCACUGCUGGUGGCCAUGCAUGUAGCUUACAGGAGGCAUGAGAAGAAAAGGCAGUUCAGAAAGGGAGACCAGAAAUGUGAAUAUAAGGACAUUGAAGAAAUCAGAAGCCAGAGGUUUCACAUUGAAGGCACCUUGUGGUGGACAUACACUUGCAGCAUCUUCUUCAGAUUGGUCUUUGAAGCGGUCUUCAUGUAUGCGUUUUAUUUCAUGUACGAUGGGUUCCGAAUGCCUCGCUUAAUGAAAUGUAGUGCUUGGCCCUGCCCCAACACAGUAGACUGCUUUGUUUCUCGGCCUACUGAAAAGACAGUGUUCACUAUUUUCAUGAUCGCUGUGUCCAGCAUUUGCAUUCUUUUAAAUGUGGCUGAGUUAUGUUAUUUACUGACAAAAUUUUUUCUCAGAAGGUCUAGGAAAGCUGGAAAUCAGAAACACCACCCUAACCAUGAGAAUAAAGAAGAAACCAAACAAAAUGAAAUGAAUGAGUUAAUAUCUGAUAGCUGUCAGAACACAGUUAUAGGAUUCACAAGUAGCUAAGGAGGUGUCAGUGCUGGUAGUCACUCUUUUUGGAGUGAAUGUUCUUUGUCUAAAGGCUGCAAACAAAAUUUGUUAUACUGGACAGCUUAUGUUGGGGGAGAUUUAGAUAUGUAGUGACAGGUGUCAAUUAUGCACCUGUUACGGGGGGAGGGGGAAGGGCAGCUUAAACAUGUGAAAGUUAUGAGGAUUAAAUAGGAAAGUGUAUUUUCCUAUGGAUAUCCUUACAAGUUGACUAUGACAAGUGCACUAGUGCCUUCAUGCUGAUACAGUUCCUGAAAACACUAUGCAACAGCAGUAAGAACAAAAGUCUUUCCAAGCUAGAAGUGCUGAUGUUUCAAAAUGUUUUGUAAUAGAAAUAGUUUUUAAUUGUGAACAGAAAAUUAAAAUAUUUUUGUAAAAUCUAAGAUUCCAUGUUACUUAAGAUAUUACAAUAAGCAAGUGACUCUGUGCUUUGUUUAAGCAGGUAUAUGCAGAUGAGCCCUGCAAUACCAUAUUCACAGAGAGGAAAUAGCGGUAGGCCGCAUCUUUACAGCUUUGCAAGCACUGCUAGAGUCUGGGCAAGUAGUUAGAGGCACCUGCAUCUACCCUGCUGGCUGUGGGGCUGUGUGAAAUCCCACUAGAGGUGGUGUGGCUAACUGGGGUAGCUAGCUUCUGAGUGCAAAGUUGUGCCUAAAAGCAGCACGGCAAUACAGAUGCAGUCCAAGUAGACCUGCUUUUAACAACUUGCAGACCUGGUAUAAGUAUUCCUAUUAAUCUUUUCAUUGCAUGCUGCCAAUUUUAUAGGAACAUACAUAAUUUGAUGUAAAUACUCCUCUUAGCACAUGUUUAUUUCUCUAAUGUAUUUGCUAUAUUUGUUUCUUUAUGCUAUAUCACAUCGAACCUUUUGGUUUUGUUAGCUUUUUUUUUUCUUUCGUGGUAGACUGGUGCUGUUAUGAAACUAGGGGCUCUUUGUUUUGGAAGACAUGGGAAAGUAUCUUAAACACUGGAAAUUGAAAAAGUCUUCUGAAUAAAAGGCAAACACUUUAAACAUUGGCAA